GUGUGUGUGUGUGUGUUGAUGGCAGCCGGGCACAGAGGAGCUUUGGAGAGGAGCUGAGCUGGACACACACUGAACUAACACACACACACACACACACAUAUAUACACACACACACUCUCGCGCUCACACACACCUGGAUGGGGCGACUGGAUGUGGACGUAGUUUAUAAUAAAUAGAGAAGAAUCGGGAAGAUUGUUAAUAACUGGACGCACUGAAAUAAAGAGAGCAGGUGGCGAUCAUGCAGCACUACGGGGUGAACGGGUACUCGCUGCAUGCCAUGAACUCCCUCAGCGCCAUGUAUAACCUCCACCAGCAGGCGGCGCAGCAGGCGCAGCACACCGCCGACUACCGGCCCUCCGUCCACGCCCUCACACUCGCCGAGAGACUGGCAGAUAUAAUCCUGGAGGCGCGCUAUGGAUCUCAGCACCGGAAGCAGCGGCGGAGCCGCACCGCCUUCACCGCGCAGCAGCUCGAGGCGCUGGAGAAGACCUUUCAGAAGACCCACUAUCCGGAUGUGGUGAUGCGCGAGCGCCUGGCCAUGUGCACGAACCUGCCCGAGGCGCGCGUGCAGGUUUGGUUUAAGAACCGCCGGGCGAAGUUCCGUAAGAAGCAGCGCAGCCUGCAGAAAGAGCAGCUACAGAAGCAGAAGGAGAGCUCGCCCGACGGGUCGGUCGCAACCGGGGAGAAAAACGAAACCCCGCCCAGCCUCGGCCUGGAGAACCCCCUGCCCCCUUCCUCCUCCUCCUCUUCUUCAGCCGAGGUGGAGGGUCCUCAGCACGCUCUGGCGUCGGAGCUCAGCGUGGAGCUGAACGUCACCUCGGCCGAACAGUCCGGCAGCGAAUCCGCCACCGAGGACAACGCCACCGACCGCGAGGAGGAGCUGAAGCCCCACAGAGACCAGAUGAAGCCAGAGAAAAUGCAGCCUGGAGCACUCUCCCCCACCUGCAAGCGCCUCAGCCCUAAACCAGAUUCUCCUCUCGGCUCCCCAGCGAUCGCGUCGUCGUCUUCGUCCGCCGCCGUUAGCGGAGUUUCCCAGAGCCACUCGUACUCCUCCUCCCCCCUCAGCCUCUUCCGGUUACAGGAGCAGUUCCGCCAGCACAUGGCCGCCACCAACAACCUGGUGCACUACCCCUCCUUCGACAUGGCCGCCCCCUCCUCCAUCCCCUACCUGGGCAUGAACGUCAACAUGCCGGCGCCGCUGGGCUCGCUGCCCUGCCAGUCCUACUACCAGUCCCUGUCUCACCACGCCCAGCAGGUGUGGAACAGCCCCCUGCUCCAGGCCUCGGCCGGCCUGCCCAACCACAACAGCAAAACCACCAGCAUCGAGAACCUCCGCCUCCGGGCCAAGCAGCAUGCCGCCUCGCUGGGGCUGGAUACACUGCCCAACUGAGACUCACCCCAACAAACGAGAACUGCCUGAACAAAAAGGGAGCUACCCCCCUCAUCCACAUCCUCAACAACCCCCUACACACUGUAAACCUUCAGUCAGACCCACUUAAAAUUAUGUACAAUGAUGUUUUUUGGGUUAACUCAACUUGUCUUGGUCAAAAGUUCUCAUAACUUAUCUAAAAGUUUACUUAUGGCUCUCAGUCUUCUCAGCAAUACUUACUGGAUUGGCUGCAGUUAGACUGUAGGGCCACCCAUGAGCUUUAAAAUGACACUAUUGGGUUCUCAACAAUACAUAUUGGGUUGGCAGCAGUUAGACCCCCACAUUCACAUCCUCAACAACCCCCUACACACUGUAAACCUUCAGUCAGACCAACUUAAAAUUAUGUACAAUGACGUUUUUUGAUUUAACCCAACUUGUUUUAGUCAAAAGUUCUCAUAACUUAGCUAACAUUUUACUUAUGGCUCUCAGUCUUCUCAACAAUACAUAUUCGGGUUGGCAGCAGUUAGACUGUAGGGCCACCCAUGAGCUAUAAAAUUACACUAUUGGGUCCUCAACAAUACUUAUGGUCGCUGUCGAAUAAAAAAACACUUGUUUCCAAAACAGCAUCUUUACAGGAGAGAGAAGUAAACUUUCAAUGGAAGUCAAUCUGAAAUGAGUUUAUUACAUUUUCAGUCAUUUUGAAGAGUUUUUAUUGGUCUGUUCAUCAAGAAAUUGGUACAGUGUAAGGGACAGUUUGUCUGUUCAAAUUAUGUAGUAAACUAAAAAUCUACAAAAAUGGAGAUAAGUGUUUUUCAUUGGACAGCGACGAUUUUUCAAAGGCAGAAGUUAGAUCAUAGGGCCACCCAUGAGCUGUAAAAUUACACCAUUGGGUUCUCAACAAUACAUAUUGGGUAGGCAGCAGUUAGACUGUAGGGCCACCCAACAGAUGUAAAAUUACACUAUUGGGUUCUCAACCAUGCAUAUUGGGAUAUGAACAGUAUGUAGUCUAAGACUAGGUUUAAACCUUGCCUAGGAAACCAACUAAUUGAGUUGAGCCUGAUUAAAUAUCAUGCAAGAUGUUUAGUUUUUGGCUCCUCCUCCUUAAUUUAUUUACUGUUUAUUCCAACCUGUAGGCUGCAACUCCAAUAGACAGUUGAGGCCUCGCUAGAACUUCAUUGAACUUAUAAUCUCCUCUCUCUUUAUACUCUAAGCAGCAGUUAGACCGUAGGGCCACUCAAAAGCUGUGAAAUUACACUGUAUAAAGGCACAGUUCUGAGUAACUUUAACUUUUCGUUCUUUUUUUUGGAUGAAAAGUUAAAUUUGGGCAUGGCUUCACAAGAUCUAGGGUGGCACAACUGUCUAACUGUCUGUUUCAGAAGGGUUCCCAAACAUUUGCAUCUAACCAUUUAAUCAAUCAACAAAAAAAAUCCAUCUUAUCAAUCAAUGUAGCCGAUUGGUUCCUUAUAUUAAACUCAAAUACUAGUUUUUAACCAUUUAUCCAGACUGGGUAGCACUCAAUAAGAUAGGAAUGUUUCACUGAGAUUCCAAAUAAUAUUAACGUAAACAUUUUUUUGAGACUCAACCCAAUAUGUAUUGUUGACCACAAGUGAGAUACAGAACUUAAAGAAAUUGAGUUAGGAGUACUCAAAAAAUGUCUUUUACAGUUUGGACCCCAUCAAUCUUCUCAAUUUCUUCCAACUCUAUCAACCUCGCAUACCAAUCGGAAUCAGCUGUAUUGGUUCCGGCUUCUGAAAAAUACAAAUACAAAAACUGCAUAUAUUUUGGCUGCCAGAACAGAUUGGCUUUGAGUAAUCUUGUACGUUGUUGUAUUUUCUGUCUUUUCUGUCUUUGUUGAUGAUUUCUGGAGUGAAUAUUAUGAACAUUCCCAAAACACACAGUGCAUCACCUUCUUCACUACUGCAAUAUAUUUUUAUUUCGUCUCGAAAAAAGGUACAAUAAGUGCAACAAACGAAACACAAAUGACUGUCUUCCCCAUUGAUCGUCUCAUUAACACUGAUACUCACUGUUUCUCACACUGGUCCAUCUUAAAUGGGCUCACCUGUUUGAAUGUAGCACUUUUUAAUAAUAAUAAAAAUAAUAAUAAUUAUUAUAAUAGAAGAGCUUAGUGCCUUGCAUGCACUGAGGCAGUCUGUACACCGUUCUAAUUCAAUUAGCCUAGCGCGCAAAUGACUCGUUGCAUAACUCCAUAUAUAUACGUAAAAAUGUAAAUCCCCGCCUUGUAACAGCAGAUUGCUUAAUUAAACCUGACUCAUUUACCUGUUUAAUGGCCGGCGAUAAAACCGAGAACAGCUGGGGUAAUGAGAAAGUGAUUUGAGGGACCGGGCCUACAUACUCGCUGAGAAGCUGGGCUUUUAAUUACAUUUAGCCUUGGGAUGAGGAAGAAAUGCAAUUAUAGACCGCGCAUAUCAUUUGAGAUUGCUGUAUAUCAAAUGCUCCGAGGGGGAAAGAACAUGAGCGCAAGCUCGAGAAACGAGAGAGAAAACGCUGCUAAUAGAUGCUAAAGAUGGAAAUUGGGUUGGAAAUAAUGCUGCAUUCCAUUUAUAAUCAGAAUUUUGAGAAGUUUAAGUGGGAAUUUUUAAUUGGAACACUAUUUUUAUUCUAAAAGUCUUUACCAUCCCUACAAUGCCGGAAUUAGGGAUGGCUACCUCGUUCAAGAACAACAACUAGUCUUUUGGGCUUUGUGUUCUAGGCCACUCACUUCGUACCACCUACAUCUGGGCUACAAUUGGUUAGAAGAUUGGGUUACCACGUCAUUAUUCUUUUUGUGUAUAGUUUAAUAGUUUCAUUUGACACCAAACCGUAGCUUCAAAACACUUCAAGACUCUUAGACUCUUUAGGGACCGUAGGAAAAAUAUCCUUACAAAUCGAGUAACAAACAUAUCUACUCUUACAUUUUGUUUAACUUUAACAAAAUGUAACUUAAUAAUGUCUAAUCAAUUAACCCAUUGUAAAAUAAAUAAAAAAAAGUACACACAUCUUUUACAGUAUUUUUAUAGUUUUUUUUUUAUCCAUUUUUGUUUUUUGCUGGUAUUUUUCCCACGCUCCCUAAAGUGCUUCCUGUAAGGCAGCUUUGUUCCUCAGUCUGGCUACGAUUGGUUGGAAGAUUGUUUUUUUGUUUGGUUUUAGCCAGUUAGCGUAGAAUGACAUAUUUAUCAUGUCAUUAUUCGUUUUUGCGUAUAGUUUAAUAGUUUAAUUUGACACCAAACCUUAGCUACAAAACACUUUAAAACACUUCAAGACUCUCUAGGGACCGUAGGAAAAAUAUCCUAGCAAAAUCCUAAAAAAUCGAGUAACAAACAUAUCUACUCUUACAUUUUGUUUAACUUUAACAAAAUGUAACUUGAUGAUGUCGAAUCAAUCAACCAAUGGUAAAAUCUAAAGAAAAAAAAAGUACACAUACACACAUAUUUUACAGUAUUUUUAUUUUUUUUUUAUCCAUUCUUGUUUUUUGCUGGUAUUUUUCCUACGCUCCCUAAAGUGCUUCCUGUAAGGCAGAUCCGUUCCUCCGGCUACGAUUGGUUAGAAGAUUGUUUUUUUUUUUAGCCAGUUGGCGUAGAACGACGUAUUACCAAGUCAUUAUUUGUUUUUGCAUAUAGUUUAAUAGUUUAAUUUGACGCCAAACUGUAGCUACAAAACACUUCAAGACUCUCUAGGGACCGUAAGAAAAAUAUUCAAACAAAAUCCUAAAAAAUCGAGUGAAAAAUAAAUUAUUACAUUUUGUUUAACUUCAACAACGUGACGUAACUUCAUGAUGUCGAAUCAAGCAACCAAUGGUAAAAUCUAAAUAAAAAAAGUACACAUACACACAUAUUUUACAGUAUUUUUAUAGUUUUUUUUUAAUCCAUUUUUGUUUUUUUACUGGUAUUUUUCGCACGCUCCCUAAAGUGCAGCUUAGAGCAAAGUCAAGGUAAUUUGUCAAUUAUAACUAUAUACAAGUCUAAUUCAGUAAAACUAAAAUAUUAAAU